AUAUUUGUUAAAGAUACGUUGAUCAACUCUGUCACGCAAUUGUGGCUUUUUGGGACAUCAACAUUAUUUGGGGUAUAAAGGUUGGAAAUAGAAAUAAUUUUAAAGUGUCCUACAGUAACAGAUCAUUUUUUGUGUGUGAACAAUUCACUCUACAGAUCUAUAGGAACCACUGGUGACGUAACGAUGUUCCACACGGACUCUUUGAUGGCGCGGACGAGAUGUUUGUUUUCGUUACCAUCAUACUUGUCUUUGUGGCUUACACUAUUUCUGUUUGUGUAUUACAGAUAUGGAAAGUUAUGGCCACUCUUACGAAAUAAAAUAUCCACCCCUUUAUACACCGUUGGAAAUUCAAAUUUUUGUCCAACACAAGUGAGGUCCAGCGCGCUCCCACGGAACCGCGAGGACGAGAAGCCGCGCGUGACCGCCAGCGAGACGCGAGCUCUGUUCGUCACUGCACAUCCAGAUGAUGAAUGCAUGUUCUUUGCACAUAUAGUCUUAAAACUUGUUGAAUCACACGCAGCUCUUUAUUUGUUAUGUUUGUCGACAGGCAAUUACAACAAUCAAGGACUCAAAAGGGAACUGCUUGACAGCUGUGCAGUUCUGGGAAUCCCAUCAAACCGUUGGAAACAGAAGGCAUCACAGCAUCCGACACAAGAUCAGGAUGCAGAGCAGAGUCAGGAAGUAGUGCAGAAUCAAAAGGCGGUGCAGAAUCAGCUAGUAGUGCAGGGUCCAGAUGCGGUGCAGAAUCAGCCAGUGGUGCAGGGUCAGGAUGCGGUGCAGAAUCAGCCAGUGGUGCAGGGUCAGGAUGCGGUACAGAAUCAGCCAGUGGUGCAGGGUCAGGAUGCGGUACAGAAUCAGCCAGUGGUGCAGGGUCAGGAUGCUGUACAGAAUCAGCCAGUGGUGCAGGGUCAGGAUACGCCUUCAGGCCAAAACCUGCCCUUCCAGGACCUUGCUGUUUUGUGGCAAAUAGAGCUUCCAGAUGACCCAGCGGUCCAGUGGAGCACUGCACUGAUCUCCUCUCUGAUCCUCAAACACAUCCCAAACUACAGCAUAAGUGUGGUACUGACAUUUGAUGGCAGAGGUGUGAGUGGACAUGCCAAUCAUAUUGCCAUUUACAAGACCCUUAGGCAUCUAGCUUCUGCUGGACGACUACAACAAGUCCAUGUCAUUGCUGAUGUCUCGCUGCUCUUCCUUCCUCAGGGAGCCAUGCUCUGUCAUCGUUCUCAGCUGCUGUGGUUCCGCCGGUUCUACAUACUUUUCUCACGCUACAUGUUUGUAAACACAUUCCAAGCCAUCACCGUGGAAACAAAGAAUGUGAAGAUUUAUUAGAUUAGUCUUGGGCACUGUUCCUGUCCAUAGGGCCAAAGUUAUGCACUGAAAUUUUUAAGUAAAGGUUUACUUCAUGUUUCUUAUUUCCUAAUGUAAGUUAAUUCCAAAUAUGCUGUCAUUAAAGUACUGUACGGUAUAUCAAUACGUUUCAGCCAACAUAUCCAACCUGCAGACACUAAUGGAGAGCUGCUAGCAUAAUGAACCUUGCAGACUUUAUCCCAAACAUUUAAAUAUUCUGAAAGACAGGUUUUAGGUUUAAGGGAGGUAAGCGCUUUAGAAAAGUAGCUGAAUCCAAAACACAGAUUGUGCCUUUGAGUAAUGCAGGGGAUGGAGGACAAAAUAAGAUUCUGAAUAUUGUCUACAUUUGUCGUUACUGUUGUUAUUUGGACUUAAAGUAGAGUUGACACACUGUUCCAGAUGGAUCAAUAAGUACUGUACCAAAUCUUAUGAUUCAAUAUGGUUUCAAAACUGACAUGUAUUUCUGACUUCUUCAAGCAAAACUGUAACUUUUGUAAUUCUGAUUACUUUAAAUAUAUGCCAAUGUAGAGGAAUGCAAUAAAUAUUUUGGAAAUAAAUCUGA